UCAUCUUGUCCGGGCGGUGUGGGCUGGAGGAGGCGAUCUAGGCUUGCAGGAUGCGGGCGGGGUGAGUGCAUAUGAACAAAUGUAGCCUAAUCAAGCAUCGACCACAAACUCAGUCAUUCACUAAUAUCCUCAGGUUUCUCAAAAGCAGAAGUCGUCAUAGUUGGGUAAACUUCUAUAACGGUUCUUUGAGGGUGAGGUCAAAUCAUCAUGGCUGCUACCUCCCAAGUGUUCAGGGUCAUCCACGGCUGGAGAUUUGGUCAAAUCUUGGUGCCAGCCGUAACAUGCCAAAACUGCAGUCUGUCUCAUCUCUGCACUAAUGCAACUCAGCCACAUAGCUUUGUUCAAAGAUGGCGGCACCAGUCACGGGGAUACAGGACCUCACCUGCAUGGCACACAUACUACCUGACCCCACCUCAGGUUAACAGCAUCCUAAAGGCUAAUGAGUACAACUUCAAAGUUCCUGAGUUUGAUGGCAAGAACCUUAGUUCAAUCAUGGGCUUUGACAGCAACCAACUACCAGCAAACGCACCCAUUGAGGAUCGGAGAAGUGCAGCAACGUGCUUGCAGACACGCGGCAUGCUUUAUGGAGUAUUCGAUGGCCAUGCGGGCUGCGCUUGUGCUCAGGCGCUCAGCGAGCGGCUCUUCUACUACAUUGCCAUUUCGUUGCUGCCGCAUGAGACGUUGACGGAGCUGGAGAACGCAGUGGAGAGCGGACGACCUCUUCAACCGAUUCUGCAGUGGCAUAAGCACCCCAACGACUACUUCAGCAAGGAAGCCUCACAGCUCUACUUUUCCAGUUUGCGCACGUACUGGCAGGAACUUCUGGACCUGAGCGUUCCUGGGGAGCAACCUGAUGUUGCGGAAGCUCUUGUGAGUGCCUUUAAAAGGUUGGACAAUGACAUAUCCCUUGAAGCGCAGGUUGGCGACCCAAAUGCGUUCUUGCACUACUGGGUGCUUCGUGUGGCAUUCUCAGGUGCUACGGCAUGCGUUGCACACAUUGAUGGUAAUGAGCUGCACGUUGCCAACACUGGGGAUGGCCGUGCAGUCCUGGGCGUACAAGAACCCGAUGGCUCUUUUUCUGCCUUGACGCUCACCAAUGACCACAACGCGCAGAACGAAUCCGAGGUGCAGCGCGUGAAGUCCGAGCACCCGCUUUCCGAGGCCAAGACUGUGGUGAAGCAGGAUCGUCUCUUGGGGUUACUCAUGCCAUUUCGCGCCUUCGGAGAUGUUAAAUUCAAGUGGAGCAUCGAGCUGCAGCGUCGUGUUCUUGAGUCUGGACCGGACCAGCUCCAUGAGAAUGAGCAUGCCAAGUUCAUCCCACCCAACUACCACACGCCACCCUACCUUACGGCGGCACCGGAGGUGACACGACACCGCCUUCGUCCGCAGGAUCGUUUCCUGGUGCUGGGCUCGGACGGGCUGUGGGAAACAUUACACAGGCAGGAGGUGGUGAGGAUUGUGGGGGAACAUCUCACUGGAGUGCACCAGCAGCAGCCAGUCAGUGUUGGUGGUUUUAAGGUGACCUUGGGUCAGAUGCAGGGAUUGUUGCAGGAGAGGAAGGCUCGCAUCUCCUCCACCUUCGAGGACCAGAAUGCAGCUACACAUCUGAUUCGGCACGCUGUAGGGAGUAAUGAGUUUGGAAUGGUGGACCAUGAGAGGUUGUCAAAGAUGUUAAGCUUGCCAGAGGAAUUAGCUCGCAUGUACAGGGAUGAUAUCACUAUCAUUAUAGUGCAGUUUAACCCACACGUCAUUGGCGGACAGUAAAAGCGGACAGACUCUUUCGUCCUGUUACUUAUCUUGUGCACAUCUCAUCGCUGCAUUGUCAGUAAUAUCAGCACAGCAAAAUGUUACCUAUAGUAGUGGAAUGUAUUACAUUUUAUGUUCAUUUUUAUUUUCACAUAUUCAUGGCAGCUGCCUUACAGGGGAAUCCUAAUAUCUCAGUAGGUGAGUGGUGUUGAUUCCAAAUGUUAUAUGUGGAAUGAAGCCAAACAGAAGUUAUCCUGAGCCCACCACAGACCUGCUAUCACAAUUAAACGGUCAAAAUGCAACACAAAACUAUAAAUCAAGACUGGAACUCUCACAUCUUGUAAAAUUUAUUAAUGUAGGUUUAGCAGAUUUUGCACUAAGGAGAGACUUUAAAUAGUGAGGAUGACUGUAAUGUGCCAAAAUGUGCUUUUAUGUUAAAUGUUUUUAACUUUUGAAUGAAUGAAAAAGGAAAGUGAAAUAAAGGUCAUUUAAAAAUGAGUGUGAAAGAAUGAGAAUAGCAAGCGAAAUAGGUCCAGUUAAGUACUUUUAAAUGAGAAUGCUCUGUAACAGAGAUAUGUUUAAUGAGAUCACCCAAAAAUGAAAAUUGUCAUCAUUUACUCACCAUCAUGUCAUUCCUAAUAUGUAUGACGUUUUUUUUUUUUCUGUAUUCAAAAAUGAGAUAUUUUGAAAAAUUCCCCAGUGACAGUUAGUGGGGCACAGUGAUUUUUAGACAAAUAAGCUGCGUCUCAUUUUGGAGGCUGCAUUCUCCAGAGAUCACAUUUGAAGGCUGCAUACGUCAAGGCGGUCUCAUUUAAGAAAAACGCAGCCUCUAAAAUGAGACGCAGCUUUUGACUUACAAUUUUUUUUUUUUGCAUUGUGCAGAUGGAAAUGAAAGUCAUACAGGUUUGAAAUGACAGUGAGUAAAUGAUGACAGAAAUUUCAUUUAUGAAAUAAAAGAAUCAUCUUUUUAAUGUUUUAUUUUAGUUGAUAAUGCCACUAAUUAGCAUGGAUAUGGGACUUGAAAGCAACAGUGAAGUAUGUUUUUCAGAAUUUUUCAUUUUUUGAGUGCUUUAUUUUAGUACCAGUAUUUUGCAUUCUUUUUGACUGAUAAGUUCUCUCUCUUUUUUUUUUUUUUUUUUUUUUUUAAAUGAAUAGAUACAGUUUUUAAUGAAGCACAUCUUGGAGUUCAACCAAAUUAUCUUCUCAUUACUGUAAAAGUCCUGAUAAAGAAGUCUACUUUAUUUUUUUUUUUUUUACCCGUACAUGGAAUCAGAAGUUGGGCAUUUGAUGGUUUGUACAGUAAGCCUAAGGCAAAAGUUCCAAACGUGUAAAUGUUAAUGCUAAUAACAAAGAUUAUCUCUGUUACUUUCACAUUCUUUCUUCAGUCCCCUCUGACAGUGGUUCUAUAUUUAUAAUGGUGCUGGCCAUUGCUGAAAUUCUGUUUACUGAGGUGUGGAGACUUCACUGAAAGGUGAAGGGCAGGUAUUUAAAGAAACAACACAACCCUUCUUGUAAGACACACCUGUAUGCUUACACUGCUGUGGGGAAAUGUGAACCUGAAUGUUUUGCUUUAUGGAUUGUGUUUCCAAGUAACUUAGUUUUUUUUUUCAGGUGUCACAAUGUUUUUCAAGUGAUUGGCCAGAGGGUAAAGAUUAAAACUUGAGUUCAAUGAUAUAUUUUAAGGUCGGAGGGUUAUUGAACAAGGUUAAACCCAUAACUCUGUGUGAUUGUACUUUCUUGCCUGUUUUCAGUAUGUUCUUCUCAGCUCUUGCACAAGAACACAGCUGAUUACCACAUGAAAUGUUUUGAAUGAUAGUCAAUCAGUGUUAAGUAUAAAGGUAUAGGCUUGCUAAAGUGUAAAUAGAAACUACUUUAUAUUGGAAUUGCUUAAUACUUGAAGUAAAUGUAUGCUGCAGCUUAAGUUUGAAAUGUUUAACAAUAUUUUGCAGCAUGUCACAAGUGUAUGUAACAAUACUAUAUUAAUACGUGCUGGUGCAUGGCUUGUCUGAGGUCUCUUGCUUUUUAUAUUUAAAAUGUUUUAAUAAAAAUGUUGUAACCCGUUA